GACUUAUAAAAUUGGAAAAGUAAACUUAAUUGAAACGCAGAGAAUUAAUCGAUUGAUCGGGUAAAGAAGAAAACAAUGGCGAGUGGAGCAGAAGGAGGAGGAGGCAAGGUGUCCUUCAAGAUAACACUGACUUCCGAUCCAAAGCUUCCUUUCAAAGUGUUUAGCGUGCCGGAAGCUGCCCCUUUCACCGCCGUCCUCAAAUUCGCCGCCGAGGAAUUUAAGGUCCCUCCUCAGACCAGCGCUAUCAUCACCAACGAUGGUGUUGGUAUCAAUCCUCAGCAAAGUGCAGGUAAUGUCUUCCUCAAACAUGGAUCUGAAUUGCGGCUGAUUCCCCGUGAUAGAGUUGGUACUCUGCAGACCUCCUUUUAGAUGAUCUUGUCAUAAUAAUGUACAACUCAGUUAUGCUGUCAGUGUAUCUAUUGUUUCGCAUCUUUGAUGUAAGAAAUUAACCUCUUGACCCAGAAUAAUGUAUUAGUUGCAAAUGAGAAAAAUGGAAGGUUUUGAAGUUUGGACAAAGUUUGA